AUGUUAGCGUUUGUUAAUCGGCUUUUGGACUGGUUCAAAUCUCUUUUUUGGAAAGAGGAGAUGGAACUUACAUUAGUAGGACUACAAUAUUCUGGAAAAACCACAUUCGUUAACGUGAUUGCGUCAGGCCAGUUCAAUGAAGACAUGAUUCCCACCGUUGGUUUCAACAUGCGGAAGGUUGCCAAAGGCAAUGUGACAAUAAAGAUUUGGGACAUUGGUGGACAGCCUCGGUUCAGAAGCAUGUGGGAGCGAUACUGUCGAGGAGUCAAUGCUAUUGUUUACAUGGUGGAUGCUGCAGACCCAGAAAAGAUAGAAGCCUCUAAAAAUGAACUCCAUAAUCUACUAGAUAAACCGCAGCUUCAAGGAAUCCCUGUUCUAGUUUUGGGCAACAAAAGAGAUCUUUCGAACGCUCUUGAUGAGAAGCAGCUAAUAAAACAAAUGAAUUUGUCCUCCAUCCAGGACAGAGAGAUUUGUUGUUACUCAGUCUCAUGCAAAGAGCAAGACAACAUAGAUAUCACACUCCAGUGGCUAAUCCAGCACUCUAAAUCUCGGAGGAGCUAAAAGUCCAACCAAGUCCCCAGUCUAGCUCCAGCCUUAACGUCAGUGUCGUCAGACCUCCAUGCUGCCUCGGUGACGUCAUUCUCCAUUGAUCUGUCUGCGCUUCCUUUCUCUUUUUCCAGUUCCCUAUUCAGUGCUGCCAAUGCACUAUAAUAGUCUUGCCUUAAGUACUUCAACCGCCAUCUCGCUGUACAACAUAAUAUGAACUACACCUUCACGUUGUGAAACGUCUACACAUCAUUCCUUACUGCUUGCUCAGAUGUGUUGUGCUGUAAGUCUUUGUCCUACCUUUUGGAUUUGAGGCUUCAAAGAUAGACAAACUCCAAUGCCUGAAAAAAAGACUGUUAUUAAAUGAAACCAUCUCAAUAUCACUACUUCUACCAUGUUCUUACCUGCAUAUAUGUUAUACAGUAGCCCAGCAGCUAUUCAUUAAUGACAUAAUCCUGAUGCCUGAGCUUUUUUUAAGUGCCUUCAAAUUAGCUUAGAUUUUUUGCAAUUUUUUAUGGAACUGGAUAACCAUGUGUUGGUAUUUAGAUGUAUGUAAACUAUUUGGUAUGCUUUUGACCUGGUUUCACCAUCUCUCUCUCUGGACCAGUCAUUAUUUGAUACAUUUGUGUUUCAAUAAUGGAAAAUGCACAGAAGGUCUAGUUAAGGGGGAUGCAGGUUCCAUCACCACUGCAAUCCACAACGACUUCAAAGUAUCUUGGAAGAAUGUCAUGAAGUCCAUUAAUGACUGGCGUGUGCCUUUUGAAUGUUUUGGUUUGUCUUCAUGAGUAUUGCUUUCAUUGUGCAAGAUCAGUAAAAUGAUCAGAGAAUGUGCAAGUUUUAAUGAUUGGAGAAGGCAUUUCUAAUAAUGACUUGCCAGUAUGUAAGGAUGUACGGUAUGGAGAAGGGACUUGUCAUCUCUAAACUUUGUCUUAGAAGUAUGUCUGUGUUGUAAAACCUAAUCUGAGUAGAAUACAUUGUGAUGAUGCAUUGUGGUGCCAAUUAACUAGGCAUCCAUUCUUAUCAUUGAGGACAAUCAUUUAUAAUUGUGCAAUUUAUGCUGUCAAAAUCUAGAAUUGUGUAAGAGAGUUAUUUCCCCCAGAUCAAAGCAUUUUCUUUGGCCUUUUUUGGUACUGUAGGUAAGGAUACUGUUGAUCAUUUUACAUUCAUGUUUUGUACCUCAUUGAGGUUACUUAUGAAUAAUAUUGCUUCCGUCACCAGAUGGAAAGCUGGCUUUGAACUUUCUAUAAUCUACUCACUAGUCUCUGCCACUGACAGUGUUUCUACUGCAAGUUAGAGCUUUGAGUGGUUUAAGUGUUACGUGGUUAAAUGCUGUUACCCCCUAGUCUGUAAUGUUUGUUGAGCUUUAUUGGAAGUACAUUUUCCUCUGAAUUUGUCUAAUGCUAAACAGAUUCAUAUAAUGCAGAACUUAUAAAUACAAUUUUUUUUUCAGACAAAUGUUGUAUUGUCUCUUGUAUCUCCUGUGACUGCUAAUACAUGUUUUUAUUUAAACAGUUGAUAAAGUAUUAGAUGCAUUUUGUUUUAUAGUGUGAUUGUAUAUGUAAGUGUAAGAUAUGUAUCUUCUAUAGCAUGUUGAUGUGGCUAAGACAAAACUUUCUCACUUCUGGAAUAAAGCAAUCAGAC